AUGGAAGAAGUGAACUUCCCAAUACAUCCGUACCCCGCAGAUAUCCUGAAAAAGGUGCCGCAGGAGCAACGAGGGCUGCUGCCGAAAAUCGAAAGCAUCCCUACACGGAAAUAUGCGACGUCGAUCGACGCGCGAAAUUACCUCAGCGUCUACGAAUACCGCGUUCGGGACAACUGGGUUAUCUGGGAUUAUCAUUCUGGACUGGUGCAUUUGACGGGUCUAUGGAAGGCCAUCGGCAAUUCCAAGGCGGAUAUUGUCAAACUGCUCGAUUCGUCACCAGAGUUGGAAAAGCAUCUAAAAAGAAUUCGGGGUGGAUAUCUCAAAAUUCAGGGAACCUGGAUUUCUUACGAAAUGGCCAAGCUUUUGGCCAGUAAGUUUUGCUAUACGAUCCGAUAUGCUCUAAUCCCACUCUUUGGGGCCGACUUUGUCGAUUUGUGCCUCAAGCCUUAUCAACGGGGAUUUGGAAUGCUUCGUCUUCAUGUCACAGAUGCCGACUUAAAGCGUCGUCGUCGGCGUCGGCGUCGGCGUCGGUCAAAUCCUGCGGUUACAGGUGGGAAAAUUGGUAUUAGUGGUGUGAAGAAACCGCAGAUGGGACAAAGGCAACUUUCAUAUGCCGGAAAAGCAACUUUGGGUGGCCAUUCGGUGUCAUUUUCCGGUCAAAACAGUGCUCAAAGUGCCCCAAUAUCAUCUGCUUCGUUUCCUGCAGCGGAUAUAAGAUCUCGGCGCUUAAGAUCAAGAUCUUUGUCUUCUCCGGUAGAUGUGGCUAAACUUCUUCCUUAUCCAACGAUGUCGAAAGUAUGCCUUUUAUCUAUAAGAUACACAGGAAUGCAAUGCUCGACUGCGCCUAGCGAUUAUGCAUUCUCGAAAUCUGCAGAUGCAUGGAAAAAGCCUACCACUAAGUCUGUGGCUGAAAUUGUGUCUCCGCGCUCGGAAGGUAUUCUUUCAGUGCUUAAAGCAGCACAAAAUCUUGAUCCUAGCCUGGCAGUCGACAUGUCUCGAGAAACGUCUACUUCGUCUUCAAAUUCCGUGUCUCCAACUUAUUCCCGCUUCAAUUACACAUAUAACAAUUAUCCUGUGGCCAAACAAAUACCAUAUGAUUUAGCAGGGGCAGAAUAUCGCUCUUUUCCUGUAACUGCUCGUGUUUCUUCAGGAUUACAACCUUCUUUGCCAAAGCAAAGCAGCUGGUGA